UUUUUCUAGCGAGAUUUGCAUAAAAACCCUGAAGGCUGGCAUACUGAGGAUAGUAACGAUUCUUCAUUCGAACCAAACACACAUCCAACGAACACGAUGACAACGAACCGAUCCACCAGACUUCUGGUGUUGCUAGUGUUGACCGCCCUGGUGGCCAGCCAUCAGGCGCAUGCCGCCGCCGUGGGACUCAAGUGCGGUGGCAAGAGCGCCGUCUGCGUGGGACCACUCUCCUAUCAGCAGUGCGUUGAUGACCUGACCUCCGGUCCGGUGGUGCCAUGCGCAUUGAACACCCGCUGUGUCACCGAUGGCCUCGAGAUCUGUGUGCCGGUCAAGUCGGCCGCUGAGGCGCCCACGGCGGCUGUCGCCAAGAUGGUGACCAUCACCGACAGUCCCGUUGUGAGCGAGUCGGCUCCACUUGUGGAUUCCACCACCAGCGGCUCCGGCGUAGAGAUCUCCACCGAGGGUGCUCCAACCAGCGCUGUUCCAACUAAGCCAUCUACUCCGGUUGAGACCACUCAGGCACCGGUAGAGACCACUCAGGCUCCGGUUGAGACCACUCAGGCUCCGGUUGAGACUACCCAGAUUCCGGUUGAGACCACGCAGAUUCCGGUUGAGACUACCCAGAUUCCGAUUGAGACCACGCAGAUUCCGGUUGAGACUACUCUGGCUCCGCUUGAAACCACACAAGCUCCCGGCGAGACAACUACAGCAGCCAUUGAAGAGACUACCACUGGGUCGGAAGCACCACUGGAUCCGGAAUCGACGGUGCCCAGCGAUACCACUCCCGUUGACUCCACAUUGGCACCCGGAUCGGAAGGCACUUACCCAACCAUUGAACCCAACACACCAGGAGAAGAUCCCAACGCUCCUGCGGGAACUACUCUUGCUCCUGGCGAAGUCGAUCCCAACAGCCCCAUCGACCCCAAUUCCCCUCUGGACCCGAACGCACCAGAAGAAUCUACUAACGAACCCAGCGCAGCUCCUGGCACCCCGGCUGAUGUAACCACUGCCGCUCCUGGCACCCCAGCCGAUGGAUCUUCUGCCGCUCCUGGCACCCCAGCCGAUGGAUCUUCUGCUGCUCCUGGUUCUCCUGCUGAUGUCACUACAGCCGCUCCUGGUGCUCCAGCCGAUGGAUCAUCUGCCGCUCCUGGUUCUCCAGCUGAAGGAUCUUCCGCUGCUCCUGGAUCUCCUGCUGAUGUCACUACAGCCGCUCCUGGUGCUCCAGCCGAUGGAUCAUCUGCCGCUCCUGGUUCUCCAGCUGAAGGAUCUUCCGCUGCUCCUGGUUCUCCUGCUGAUGUCACUACAGCCGCUCCUGGUGCUCCAGCCGAUGGAUCAUCUGCCGCUCCUGGUUCUCCAGCUGAAGGAUCUUCCGCUGCUCCUGGAUCUCCUGCUGAAGUCACUACUGCCGCUCCUGGCGCUCCAGCUGAUGGAUCAUCUGCCGCUCCUGGUUCUCCAGCCGAUGGAUCUUCUGCCGCUCCUGGUUCUCCAGCUGAUGUCACUACUGCCGCUCCAGCCGAUGGAUCUUCUGCCGCUCCUGGUGCUCCAGCCGAUGGAUCUUCUGCCGCUCCUGGUUCUCCAGCGGAAGGAUCUUCCGCUGCUCCUGGUUCUCCAGCUGAUGUCACUACUGCCGCUCCUGGUGCUCCAGCCGAUGGAUCUUCUGCCGCUCCUGGUUCUCCAGCCGAUGGAUCUUCUGCCGCUCCUGGUUCUCCAGCUGAUGUCACUACUGCCGCUCCUGGUGCUCCAGCCGAUGGAUCUUCUGCCGCUCCUGGUUCUCCAGCCGAUGGAUCUUCUGCUGCUCCUGGUUCUCCUGCUGAUGUCACUACAGCCGCUCCUGGUGCUCCAGCCGAUGGAUCAUCUGCCGCUCCUGGUUCUCCAGCUGAAGGAUCUUCCGCUGCUCCUGGAUCUCCUGCUGAUGUCACCACUGCCGGUCCUGGCGCUCCAGCUGAUGGAUCAUCUGCCGCUCCUGGCGCUCCAGCUGAUGGAUCAUCUGCCGCUCCUGGCGCUCCAGCUGAUGGAUCAUCUGCCGCUCCUGGUUCUCCAGCUGAAGGAUCUUCCGCUGCUCCUGGAUCUCCUGCUGAUGUCACCACUGCCGCUCCUGGCGCUCCAGCUGAUGGAUCAUCUGCCGCUCCUGGUUCUCCAGCUGAAGGAUCUUCCGCUGCUCCUGGCUCUCCUGCUGAUGUCACCACUGCCGCUCCUGGCGCUCCAGCUGAUGGAUCAUCUGCCGCUCCUGGUUCUCCAGCCGAUGGAUCUUCUGCCGCUCCUGGUUCUCCAGCUGAAGGAUCUUCCGCUGCUCCUGGCUCUCCUGCUGAUGUCACCACUGCCGCUCCUGGCGCUCCAGCUGAUGGAUCAUCUGCCGCUCCUGGUUCUCCAGCUGAAGGAUCUUCCGCUGCUCCUGGCUCUCCUGCUGAUGUCACCACUGCCGCUCCUGGUUCUCCAGCUGAUGGAUCAUCUGCCGCUCCUGGCGCUCCAGCUGAUGGAUCAUCUGCCGCUCCUGGUUCUCCAGCUGAAGGAUCUUCCGCUGCUCCUGGCUCUCCUGCUGAUGUCACCACUGCCGCUCCUGGCGCUCCAGCUGAUGGAUCAUCUGCCGCUCCUGGUUCUCCAGCCGAUGGAUCUUCUGCCGCUCCUGGUUCUCCUGCUGAUGUCACUACUGCCGCUCCUGGUGCUCCAGCCGAUGGAUCUUCUGCCGCUCCUGGUUCUCCAGCUGAAGGAUCUUCCGCUGCUCCUGGCUCUCCUGCUGAUGUCACCACUGCCGCUCCUGGCGCUCCAGCUGAUGGAUCAUCUGCCGCUCCUGGUUCUCCAGCCGAUGGAUCUUCUGCCGCUCCUGGUUCUCCUGCUGAUGUCACUACUGCCGCUCCUGGUGCUCCAGCCGAUGGAUCUUCUGCCGCUCCUGGUUCUCCAGCUGAAGGAUCUUCCGCUGCUCCUGGCUCUCCUGCUGAUGUCACCACUGCCGCUCCUGGCGCUCCAGCUGAUGGAUCAUCAGCCGCUCCUGGUUCUCCAGCCGAUGGAUCUUCUGCCGCUCCUGGUUCUCCUGCUGAUGUCACUACUGCCGCUCCUGGUGCUCCAGCCGAUGGAUCUUCUGCCGCUCCUGGUUCUCCAGCUGAAGGAUCUUCCGCUGCUCCUGGUUCUCCUGCUGAUGUCACUACUGCCGCUCCUGGCGCUCCAGCUGAUGGAUCAUCUGCCGCUCCUGGUUCUCCAGCUGAAGGAUCUUCCGCUGCUCCUGGCUAUCCUGCUGAUGUCACCACUGCCGCUCCUGGCGCUCCAGCUGAUGGAUCAUCUGCCGCUCCUGGUUCUCCAGCUGAAGGAUCUUCCGCUGCUCCUGGCUCUCCUGCUGAUGUCACCACUGCCGCUCCUGGCGCUCCAGCUGAUGGAUCAUCUGCCGCUCCUGGUUCUCCAGCUGAAGGAUCUUCCGCUGCUCCUGGCUCUCCUGCUGAUUUCACCACGGCCGGUCCUGGUUCUCCUGCUGAAGGAUCCCCUCCCGCUGGAGGAGCCCCUGCUGAUCCGAAUGUCCCUGCUGGUGGAGCCCCUGCUGAUUCCAAUGUCCCCGCUGGUGGAGCCCCUGCUGGUUCCAAUGUCCCCGCUGGUGGAGCCCCUGCUGAUUCCAAUGCCCCCGCUGGUGGAGCCCCUGCUGAUUCCAAUGCCCCUGCUGGAGGAGCCCCUGCUGGUUCCAAUGUCCCCGCUGGCGGAGCUCCUGCUGAUGCCAAUGCUCCCGCUGGUAGAUCCCCUGGAUCAUCUGCUCCGGUACCAAAUCCGCCAGCUAGCUCAGUUGUACCAUCGAUUCCUGUACUUCCUGGCGGAUCUGGCUCUUGGCCUUGGCAUCCUCGACCGAACAUUCCAGUCUUGCCACCAACCUGGAGGCCUCCGCUGCCUGGACAAAAUGGCUCAGGUGCUCCUGGCAGUGGGCUAAUCAAUGGCAGCGUCAACCCGCCCCAACGCCCCCAUCCCUUCUGGCCCAACUGGCAAAACUGGGUGAACAGCUGGCGACCAACAAAGCCAGUUCCUAGCACCGAGGCUCCUGUCCAACCGCAGAAUCCUCAGCAGCCGCAGCAACCCCAAAACCCACAGCAGCCCCAGCAACCGCAGAAUCCUCAACAGCCUGGAAACAACAAUCCUGAGACCGCCGAAAGCGUAGAGCAAGCUGCUCCAGUACCACCAGCCAAUGGACCAGCGUCCAACGAGAAUGCCUCCGUUGAGGAGAGCAACAAAGCUUCCAGCGAGAAGUCGAAGGACAAGCCAAAGUCCGGUGAGGAUCAGUCCAAGGAGCAGGAACAGAAGAAGCCCAGCUCUGAGGAGAAAGAGAAGGACAGCAAGGAGAAGAACGACAAGGAGAAGAACGACAAGGACAGCAAGGAGAAAAAGGACAACGAUAGCAAGGACAAGAAGGACAAGUCCAAGGAGGAGAAGGACAACGAGUCCCAGAAGGACAACGAAGGCGACGACGAGCCGAGCUCCAAGGAGAAGAAGCAAUACGUGAAGGACCUGAUCAAGAAGCUAAAGAAGGGUGAAGAGUGCGACGAGGACGACGUCUAUCCGGAUGUCCGGGAUUGCCGCAAAUACUACCGCUGCGAGGUCAAGAAGUCCGGCAAGCACAAGUUCGCCCACCUGCGCUGCGACAAGAAGGAGCGAUUCGACUGGCUUACCCAGUCGUGUGUGCCCAAGGACGAGGCCCGCUGUCUGGAGAAAUAGAACUGGCUCUCCAUAUUCGUUUGAUAUGCCGCUUCGCAAUGAUAACGCCACAAUCAACUGCACUUUAAUAUUGGCAAUGAUAUUCUAACUCCAUUUCCUUGGUCCUACCUAAUUUAUUGCACUUAAACUUAAAUAUCUAUCAUUUUUUUUGUUUUCCCUAUUAAAUCUUGAACUUUAUGAAAAUCUGGCAAAUCGGUUGUUUCCU